GCGAAGGAGAGUGAUGAUGAUGGAGACAGACAUGGGAGUUGAGUUGUAGAGUGGUGAAGAAAGAAAGAUGGAGUGAGAUUGUGUAUUUGUGCUUAGUACAUAAAAGCACGAGAGUUUUACGGUUUAAGUUUCUUUCGGAGGUGGGAUUUCUGGUUUUUGCUCCAGCGGAUUCUUCAAUUUCAGCCAUGACGGGAUUCUUGAUCGAUUCAACUGCUAAUAUGGGUUUGCAUAUUUCUCAGGAUUUCUGCCACAGAUUUGAAGGAGUAUGUGUUUAUUUCUCUGUUCAUAAACAUAAAACAGAGCCCUUUCUAAUGUCCAGUGCUUGAGUGUCUCUGGAAUCCGAUGAUCUUUUUUCUCUGCUAGUAGGUAGUCUCCAAAUUCUUUCAUUCGUUUUCCGGGUGGGCAUCCUUUUUCUGCAUGUAAGUUCGUUUCAUUAUUGCAUUUUACAGAUUCAUAUAGGAACACUCGAAUUUGUAAAGGAAAAGAAAAAGCACAGACAAAGUUGUAACUUGAUUUGUUUUGUGGUUUCUGCUAUUCAUCGGAUUCCUUUUCUUUGUUUCCACACACACACACACAAGUGUUUUAUCAAAACGAUUCACACACUCACAGUCUCUCUCUCUUGUGCAUUUCUCUCGUAGACACAUUCAAAGUUUUAGCUGAUUCGGUAGGCAUACAUAUUCAUACUUCAUUCAGAUACACUCACCCAGAGAUACACACUAGAUAUAUAUAUAUAUAUAGAGAGAGAGAGAGAGAGAUAGGGAAACACCAGAAACACUGCAUAGGGUGGGUGAAUCAGAACGCAGGAUUUUACAAAAGAACACCGGAAGGCUAUAGGAUGUUGGCUGGGUGUUCUAGUUCUACAUUGUUGUCGCCGAGGCAUAGAUUGAGGAGUGAAGCAUCUGCACAGUUUCAAGCCAGCCAUUUCCAGUUACCUUCAAUGAGCACGCAGAGACUGGACUUGCCAUGUAAUUUCCCGCGCAAAGACAACAGCAGCUCGCGAUCGCAGUCCUUGAGGCCCGUCGGCCUCCCCGUGGAGAAGAAGCCCGUCGUCGUCGAGUCAAAGCCGAAGCCACCGUGCUCUCUCAAGCAGAACAUCCGACUUCCACCAUUGGCGACCACCACUAAAGCAUCAAAUGUUCAGAAGAACGAGUUCUGGGGUGAGAAAAGUAAGAGUUUAAAGAGGCUUGCUGAACAGGAUGAUGAUUCCUUCACCAACAGAGCCAAGAGGACAAAGGUUAUUAUCAGUGACACUGAAAAUCCUGAUGUGGGUACUGCCGGCAAUUUUUGGUUCAACAGUCCUUCGAUUCCUUUCUCUCUGACUUGUUCAGGAGAAGGCGAAGAAGAAAGGGUUUGUUUGGUGCCUUCUGAAGUUGUCUCCGCACCAUGGGUUGAUUCCAUUGUUACGAAGAUCACAGACUCAGGCGAGAAAGGCGUUGAAGGGAGCAAUCUGCCAUCAAAGGAAGCUUCAGCAUCCAACACUUCAUCAGAUAGCCAAAGCUUGAGCCUGAGGCUGAACGAGAAUGACUCAGAGCAAGAAGUAGUUGGCAAUGGAAGAUCGGGCAAUCCUUAUCACCACGAUGGAACAGAGGUAGGAACAAGGGAUGAAGAAAAUCAAGAGGAGCAUAGAGGGUUCGAGCUUGUGAGCCUACUUACAGCUUGCGUUGAUGCGAUUGGUUCGAGGAAUGUUGCUGCAGUGAAUUGCUUCAUAGCAAAACUGGGUGAUCUUGCGUCUCCAAGAGCAAGAACAUCAAUAAGUCGUGUGUGUGCUUAUUUCACAGAAGCUUUAGCGAUCCGUGUCACAAGAAUUUGGCCUCAUAUUUUUCACAUCAGCACACCUCGAGAAUUAGACAGGGUUGAAGAAGAAGCUGGAACCGCAUUAAGGCUUCUAAACCAGGUCAGUCCAAUUCCAAAGUUUCUUCAUUUCACCUCCAAUGAGAUUCUCUUGAGGGCUUUUGAAGGAAAAGACAGGGUUCACAUCAUAGACUUCGACAUCAAGCAAGGGCUUCAAUGGCCCAGCUUGUUCCAGAGUCUAGCUGCACGGACCAAUCCUCCAAGCCACGUAAGAAUCACUGGUAUAGGAGAGUCCAAGCAAGAAUUGAACGAAACAGGAGAUAGACUUGCGGGGUUUGCUCAAGCCUUGAACCUUCCCUUCGAGUUUCACCCUGUGGUUGACAGGCUAGAAGAUGUGAGGCUAUGGAUGCUUCAUGUGAAGGAACACGAAAGUGUGGCUGUGAAUUGCAUUUCUCAACUCCACAAAACACUCUACGAUGGUUCCGGAGGAGCAUUGAGGGAUUUUCUGGGUUUAAUCCGAAGCACGAAUCCUGCUAUAGUUCUCGUGGCAGAGCAAGAAGCAGAGCACAAUGGGCUUAGACUUGAAACGAGAGUAUGCAAUUCAUUGAAGUAUUACUCUGCUCUGUUUGAUUCAAUUGACCAUUGUCUUUCACAAGACAGUCCAGUGAGGAACAAGAUAGAGGAGAUGUAUGCUUGGGAGAUAAGGAACAUAAUUGCUUGUGAAGGAAGGGAAAGGGUUGAGAGGCACGAGAGCUUUCAGAAAUGGAGGAAGAUGAUGGAACAAGGAGGGUUCAGAAACCUGGGAAUCAGUGAAAGGGAAGUGAGUCAGAGUCGGAUGUUGCUCAAGAUGUAUGCUUGUGAGAAUUAUAACGUGAAGAGGAAGAAGGAGGAAGAAGAAGAAGCUAUAACACUGAGUUGGCUUGAGCAGCCUCUGUACACAGUGUCAGCAUGGGCCCCACUUGAUGUUGCAGCAACGGGGAGCCAAUCCUCUUAUUCUCAGCCAUGAACUUGAGGAAUUACUUCUCACAUUCGUUCGUAUACAGAAAAAAAGGAACAAAGAAAGGUAGCAUUUGUUGUAUUCUUUGUAGGUAGGGGAAAAAGGGUUUACUAUUCUUUCAUUCUUUGUUGCAGAUAAGAUUUGAUUUGUUCUGGUUCAAAAAUGUAGUUGCUACAGGAGUACUUUGAUUCUUUUUAUUUAU